GGCUCUCCGCUCACUCUCCAGUUUCUUGACUCUUGACAGUUCUGCAAAUCCGCGACGGCGGCGGCACACCCCCGCCCCCAAUCGGUCCGAAUUCUCAGUGAUAUACGCGGGUAAUGUGACAGUUCUCGUCUGUGCGCGGUCAUCAGCAACACACAAAAUCGAGCCGGUCGUCAGCAGUAACCCUUUCAAGCAGAGAAAAGUAACAAGAUGCCCGUGGACGAGGAGGAGUCGAUCGUCGACGCCGUCCUCAAGGUGCAGCUGGACUCAAACGGCGUCGGCCCAAUAUCGGCGCCGCAGCUCAACGGCAACUCGAAGCACGACGACGACGAAGAAGAAGAAAAAGAAGACGAAGAUGAGCUGCCCAAGCUCCAAGAGCAGCAACAACAGACGGAUGGAAACACAGCUUUCCUCCGGGCAGCCCGAGCGGGCAACCUGGACAAGGUGUUGGAAUACCUCAAGUCAAACAUCGACAUCAACACCUCCAACGCAAAUGGACUGAACGCCCUCCACCUCGCCUCCAAGGACGGACACGUACAUGUGGUGACCGAGCUUCUGACCCGAGGAGCCACCGUGGAUGCAGCCACCAAGAAGGGAAACACAGCCCUUCACAUCGCCUCCCUCGCCGGCCAGGAGGAGGUGGUGAAAAUUCUGGUGCAACACGGAGCCUCCGUCAAUGUUCAGAGCCAAAAUGGAUUCACCCCAUUGUACAUGGCGGCCCAGGAGAACCACGACAGUGUCGUCAAAUUCCUGCUCGCCAACGGAGCGAACCAGAGUCUCGCAACUGAGGAUGGAUUCACCCCAUUGGCGGUUGCGAUGCAGCAAGGUCACGACAAGGUGGUGGCCGUUCUGCUGGAGAACGACACGAGGGGCAAGGUGCGGCUGCCCGCGCUGCACAUCGCCGCUAAAAAGGACGACUGCAAGGCGGCCGCCCUGCUGCUGCAAAACGACCACAACCCUGACGUCACCUCCAAGAGUGGCUUCACGCCUCUCCACAUUGCCGCCCACUACGGCAACGAGAACAUUGCCAACCUGCUGCUCCAGAGAGGAGCUGACGUCAACUACUCGGCCAAGCACCACAUCACCCCGCUGCACGUGGCCGCCAAAUGGGGCAAGACCAACAUGGUGUCCCUGCUGAUCGAAAAGGGCGCCAACAUCGAAGCCAAAACGAGGGACGGACUGACGCCCCUCCACUGCGCAGCCAGGUCUGGACACGAACAAGUGGUUGACAUGCUGCUUGAACGAUCUGCGCCCAUCAGUGCCAAAACCAAGAAUGGCUUGGCCCCUCUACACAUGGCGUCGCAAGGCGACCAUGUAGACGCCGCCCGCAUCCUGCUGUACCACAAGGCUCCGGUGGACGAGGUGACCGUCGACUACCUGACGGCGCUGCACGUCGCCGCCCACUGCGGACACGUGAGGGUGGCUAAGCUGCUCUUGGAUCGCAAGGCAGACCCGAACGCGAGAGCCCUAAACGGGUUCACACCGCUGCACAUCGCGUGCAAGAAGAACCGCAUCAAGGUGGUGGAGCUGUUGCUCAAGCACGGCGCCUCCAUCGAAGCCACGACAGAGUCUGGACUGACUCCGUUGCACGUGGCCAGCUUCAUGGGUUGCAUGAACAUAGUCAUCUACCUGAUCCAACACGAGGCGAACCCUGACGUGCCCACCGUCAGGGGCGAGACGCCACUCCACCUUGCCGCUCGCGCCAACCAAACCGACAUCAUUCGCAUUCUACUGCGCAACGGCGCUCAAGUCGAUGCUAGAGCCAGGGAGCAACAAACGCCCUUGCACAUUGCGUCGAGACUAGGUAACGUCGACAUUGUGAUGCUGCUGCUGCAGCACGGCGCCGCCGUCGACGCCACCACCAAAGACAUGUACACGGCGCUGCACAUCGCCGCCAAGGAGGGCCAGGAGGAGGUUGCAUCCGUCCUUUUGGAAAACGGCGCCUCGCUGACCUCGACGACGAAGAAGGGCUUCACGCCACUGCACCUGGCCGCAAAGUACGGCAACAUGAAGGUGGCGAAGCUGCUGCUGCAGCGAGACGCGCCGGUCGACGCGCAGGGCAAGAACGGAGUGACGCCACUGCACGUGGCCAGCCACUACGACCACCAGAACGUGGCGCUGCUGCUGCUGGACAAGGGUGCGUCGCCGCACGCCACCGCCAAGAACGGCCACACGCCACUGCACAUCGCCGCCCGCAAAAACCAAAUGGACAUCGCCACCACCCUGCUCGAGUACGGCGCCAAGGCCAACGCUGAGUCCAAGGCCGGCUUCACGCCCCUCCACCUCAGCUCACAGGAGGGACACACGGAUAUGUCUACCCUGCUGAUCGAGCACCAAGCUGAUCCCAACCACAAGUCCAAGAAUGGUCUGGCGCCGCUGCACCUGUGCGCCCAAGAGGACCGAGUCAACGUGGCGGCCAUCCUGGCGAAGAACGAGGCCGAGGUUGACGCCAAGACCAAGGCGGGAUACACGCCACUGCACGUGGCCAGCCACUUCGGCCAGCUGAAUAUGGUGCGGUUCCUGCUGCAACACGGCGUCGACGUCAACAGCAGCACCGCAGCCGGCUACACUCCCUUGCACCAGGCCGCCCAGCAGGGCCACACGCUCAUCAUCAACCUGCUGCUUGAGCACAAGGCCACUCCCAAUGCAGUUACUAAUCAAGGUCAGACAGCGCUAUCCAUCGCCCAGAAAUUGGGCUACAUCAGCGUGGUCGAGACCCUGAAGGUGGUCACGGAGACGACCAUUACCACCACCACGACUACCAUUGUCGAGGAGAAGUACCGUGUGAUGGCUCCUGAGACCAUGCAGGAGACUUUCAUGUCUGACUCUGAGGACGAAGGCGGUGAUGACGUUAUGGAGUCGACCGUGUACGGCAAACCGACUCACGCCCAACACGUCUACCUGCCCUAUUACGAGGGUCAAAUGCUGCUCUCCUGCGAGGACACAGUGUUGGGCGACCAGCCUUACAGAUACCUAACCGUCGACGAGAUGAAGAGCCUUGGCGACGACUCGCUGCCCAUCGACGUCACCAGGGACGAAAGGGCCGACAACAGGGACUCAGUUGCUCCGGUUACCGUUCACGACGACUCGCUCAGUCCAAUCCACAAGGAAACUUACCAGGCGGUGAACUACACGCCGGACAACGUGGACAUCGCCAGCAAACACCCUGUCAGCGUAGGCUCUUUGUCCAGCUUAUUUUUAGCGUGUGGCUCAACAGAAGUGGCCAAACCCAGCCAAGGAAUGGCAAGGGAAAGGUUCCUGGUGAGCUUCAUGGUCGACGCCCGGGGCGGCGCCAUGCGUGGCUGCAGGCACUCGGGCGUCAGGGUGAUCGUGCCCCCGCGCAAGGCCGCUAUGCCCAUGAGGGUGACCUGCAGGUACCUCAAGAAGGACAAACUCACCCACCCUCCACCCCUGAUGGAGGGUGAGGCGCUCUCCAGCAGAAUCCUUGAGCUUGGUCCCGUUGGGGCCAAGUUCCUUGGCCCUGUUAUUAUUGAGGUGCCGCACUUUGGCUCCCUCCGUGGAAAGGAGAGGGAGAUCGUCAUCCUAAGGUCGGACAAUGGCGAGACCUGGAGGGAGCAUACCCUGGAGGCCAGCGAGGAAGCCAUCCAGGAGGUCCUGCAGGAGAGCUUCGAUGGGGAAGAUCUGACCCAGUUGGAGGACAUGAACACGAACAGAAUCACGCGCAUUUUGACCACCGAGUUCCCGCAGUACUUCGCGAUCGUGUCUCGGGUGCGCCAGGAGGUGCAUGCCAUCGGCCCUGAGGGUGGCAUGGUCUCCUCGAGCGUGGUCCCGCAGGUGCAGGCCGUCUUCCCGCAGGGCGCCCUCACCAAGAAGAUCAAAGUCGGCCUGCAGGCUCAGCCAAUCGCGGCCGAACUGGUGGCCAAGAUGCUGGGCAACCGAGUGGCCGUGUCGCCGAUCGUGACCGUGGAGCCGCGGCGGCGCAAGUUCCACAAGCCGAUAACGCUGACCAUCCCGGUGCCCCAGGCGGCCAACAAGGGCAUGAUCAACCAGUACUCGGGCGAGGCGCCCACCCUCCGUCUCCUCUGCAGCAUUACAGGGGUGUUUCGGAAAAGAUCUCUUAAAGGCGGCACGACGAGAGCGCAGUGGGAAGACGUGACUGGCUCGACGCCACUCACCUUCGUCAACGACUGUGUCUCCUUCACCACCACUGUCUCGGCCAGGUUCUGGCUCAUGGACUGCCGCAACAUCAGCGAGGCGACGCGCAUGGCCACCGAGCUCUACAAGGAGGCCAUCCACGUCCCCUUCAUGGCCAAGUUUGUCGUGUUUGCAAAACGCGUGGACCUUCUUGAGGCCCGUCUGCGCAUUUUCUGCAUGACAGACGAUAAAGAGGACAAGACUUUAGAGCACCAGGAGCACUUCAGCGAGAUGGCAAAGAGCCGCGACGUGGAGGUGCUCGAGGGCAAGACGCAGUGGAUCGAGUUCAACGGCAACCUGGUGCCAGUGACCAAGUCGGGCGAGCAGCUGCAGCUCAACUUCCACGCUUUCAAGGAGAACAGACUGCCGUUCACGGUGCGGGUCAAGGACCCCCACGCGGACACCGUCGGCCGCAUCCUCUUCAUGCGUGAGCCCAAAGUGCCCAAGGGCGAGCUGCAGCAGACGCCCAUCUGCGUGCUCAACAUCGUCCUGCCCGAAAACAUCACCCCCGAGGCGCCGCACGAGGCUGACCUCAUCGAGAAGAAAUUCGCCCUUAAUAGAGAAACCUUCACCCAUUCGGAGUCAAUCCACCGAGCAGACCUGCGGCUGUCGGACAUCUGCAACCUGCUUGGCCGGGACUGGGUACCGCUGGCCGAAGAGCUCGGCGUGCAACAGUCCGAGAUCAGUUUGAUCCAGGCUGAGUACCCGGAGAGCGUGCCGCAACAGGGCAUGGUGAUGCUGCGGCUGUGGAUGCAGAAAAACAGUAACCGAGCCACGGGUAACACGCUGGAGAAGGCGCUAAACAAAAUUGGCCGACAAGACAUAGUGCAGCAGUGCAUUUUCAACGUUGAGUUGGUCACCGACGAAGUCGAGAGGGCUGUCGCAAAGGUGCAGCUCGACCAGUCAGGCUUCGAAAACCUCAAGGAGGAGCUCGGCCCUUCGAGAGACACGUCGAUGCGCAGGAACAUCAGUCUGGACGCCUCUUACGACGAACAGGACUUGAUGAGAGAUUCCGAGUCAGUGGAGGAACUUAACGCAUCCGAAACUAUAGUGACUAUCAAGGAAGACAAGAGGCCAAAAGAUGAAUUGAUUGAGAAAAUCGAAAAGCACGACGUUAAUGAGACCAAGUACGUGGCCGAGGAAAAGGACUACGUCGAGGAGGCAGAGAGCCGGCACCAUCUGCCCGCCGACGACCACCUGCGCCAAGAGAUCUCGGAGGAGUUUGUCCGAAUCGAUAAAAUGAAAACAAGCGAAGAGACAUCGCGAAUUUCAAAGACGCCGCCCCCAAGUCCUGCUGAGUUCAAAGACGAGUCAGUUUCUUCGUCCACUCCGAAACUCAGCCAACAAGAUUUCCCUGAGAGGGAAACUCGAGUGGUUAGACAGGAGCACUCCGAGUUCGUCUCGCCUGACGGCACACACUCUGUCACGCACACCACCAUUACCACAACCACCACCGUCACGCAAGGAGCUGAACCUUCUGGAUCAGAAGCUGCCCUACUUGCAGAGACCGAGACCUGGCGCUCGGAAACCCUGACUGACGUGACGACUCCAGCACAAGAUGCUGAAGGUGGAACCGGAGAUUCUAUGGUGAAAGCCGAUAAAUCAAUUGCUGGAGAAAAGAAGUCUAAGCGUGGAUAUAUAUCCCCCACCCAAAUUUCCUACCAAGGUCAGAGAAUCGAACUGCCAAAAUUAGCUGAUUCUCAUAUAGAAGCAGAGAAUCCUGAACCCGUUGAGGAGAAUAUCCCAAGUUACGAUGAUCGAAAACAGUUUUGGGAAAAUAUUACUAGCACAACUAAAUCUUUGAUUGCGCCAAAAGUAUACACUAGAGGGAAAUUAUUAACGGAUGCUGACACAGAAAAAGUUCAAGAAAAUGUUGAAAUCGAGCAGGAUAUUUACAAAGAUAAAACACAGAAAAUUGAGCAAGAUAUAAUGAAAGAAUUUACUAAAGAUCUGAUGCACCAGCAAGAGGAGCCUUCACCGGAGCACAAAAUCCUAGACGCAAAGGAAAAGUUUGACGGGAAACUAACUGAAGAGGCCAUUGUUUCAAGGCAAAUUCACACCGAUAUCUUUUCCACCGAAAUUGAGGAAACUGUGGAUUGUUGGGCUCCAGAAGAAAAACAAAUUUCUCCACAAGAGAGACAAGAAGAUUCCCAAUGUGAUCCGGCUUAUGCUACAGUAAAACAGAAAAUUGGAGAGUUUGAAAAGAAGUUGUCUCCAGAUUCAAAACCAAUAUAUCCUUCAGAAAUUGAAUUUGGUUUUUCUGCUCAACGUUCUAAACAAGAUGAAGUAAAAAGUUUUGCUGAAAAUUUAAUUUCUGAAAUUGAGGACACAAUAAAAAAGAGCCCUGUGCUGAAUAUAUCGGCAAGUGAAAUCCAAAAAUGUUUUGAAAAGCAUGAAACUCUUGAUGCCACACUGUCUGAAAAUGUAGAAUCGAAAAAAAUGAUCGAAUGUGAUUCAAUAAUUGUCCAUGAAUCUACAGAGACAAGCGAAAAAGUUGCUGGGAAAAUUUCCAAGGAAAAUUUGAUUGUUAAAGAGGCACAGAUGCCCUCUUCACAAAUUUCUCAAACGGAAUCAUCUACAUCUAAGCAUCAAAUUAGUAUUUUCAAAGAAGCAAAUGAAUCAACACAACAAUCUAUUCCUGUUGAGGAGGAUUUUAGUGAAGAGUCGAACGUAAAUAUACUGUCUGGAUUGGUAACCACAGAGCCAAGUUUUACAGUUGAAAAAGAGGAAAAACGUAGUUCGAAUAAAUCAACUUUGUUAAAGGAUGACAAAGAAAUAACAAAAUGUUCAUUGAACGCAAACAUCGAUGCUAAAUUAUCAGACAAAAAGAUGUCAAUAGAAAAUUUGGAACAAAUAACACAGUUGAAGGAGAGUUCUGAAGAGACAUCAGUGUACAGUAGCAGUAAAGAGUCAGAAAUAACUCUUUGUAAGGAGUUUUCAGAUCAAUAUACGGAAAAAAAUGAGAAAAUUCUCGAAGAAAAUAUUUCAAAAGCACAUUCAAGUUUCGAACAAGAAAUUUCGACAGUUUUAAAGGAAACGUCAACAACACACUUCGAUAUGCAAGAAAAACGUUUGGAUAUAGUUGAGCUCGACUCAUCGUGCAAAGAGGACAAAGAAUCUAGUGUUAAUUUAACUCUAAGAACUCAAAGAAAUUCGGAAGAAAAAGCUGAAGUCCUUCAAUUAAAUGAGUCGUUUUCAACUAAGGAGCAUACAAUGGAAAAGCAUAUUGAGAAAGUUUCUGCCCAAAAUUUAGACAUUGAUUCUAUGCAAACUGAGAUAGAUGUUACCGAUCUCAACAAAGUUGAAGAGAGAGCGGAGAUUUUGGAAAGACUUGUUCAAUCACCAAUUCAGCACAUGAAGGAUAUUGCUAAACCACUUCAAGUAGAAAAUGAACCUGUAACUUCGUCUGCGUUAAACACCAGUGACGCAUCUAGCGUGUUGUCCCCAGCUAGUGAAAUUGAGAAAACUAUUGCUGAAGUUCGUGAAUCAUUAGGAGAAGCACAAGAAACACUCAUUGAGAGUCAAGGAAAGGAAGGAGAAGAAAAGAAAAGAUCGCCAUCAGAGUUUGAAUUCAAAUUCGUCCAGGUGACAAAGAGUAGAACAGAUUCAAAAUCUUCUGAUGAAGAAAAAUGUGUCUUCAGUGGGAGUGAAGAAAGAACCACUGCUCAUGAAUCAAAAAAACCAGAUAGGUCUUCCAGCUCAGGGGAGAGCCUCAAACAAGACGAAAAUAUGAAAAGCCGUCCGUGCUCUUCAGACUUUGAAGGAUUCGUAGUUGGAGCCGCCACUUCCUCGGAGUACGAGUCUGCAUUGACGUCUCAAGAAUAUUCCCAGCGCUCAGUCACAUCUCAAGAGUAUGUAACUGCUGUCAGCUCAAUAAGUAGUAACAAAUCGCUCAGCUCGGAGAGUUCAGGACAGCAGAUUGACAUUCAAAGUGAUGCAUCGGAAACCCUUGUUCCAUCGGCAAUGGAGCUGGAGACUGACCUGGAGGACAAUCUGCCAAAUGAAGACAUAGACUUGGGUCACGAUACUGAUCUCUUGCGCCCAGUAGGUACAGAAUAUCAGGUAUUACACGAGACAAAAUCCUCAGAGUCAGAUGAUUCCUACAACGAAGAGCUGGGUGAAACUUCUAAAAAUAUAAUGGAUGCGCAGUUGGACCAAGAGAAGCCGAGAAUGAAGCGUUCGUUGGAGAUGACCUUCCAUCCAGAGCCAAAAACUAUUGUUACGGACAGUCCUGUUUCUGAAAUGACGGUAACAGAAGAAAAGGAGCGCCUGUUUUCAAGUAUGGACGAUACCAUUAGUAUCAUAAGCACAAGCGUGUCAAGCGCUUCAGAGCUGGACCAGCGAACAGUGAUGGAAAACUUUGCUUCGCAGACACAAUCACUGCACUCAACAGAACUAUUAAGCAGUGUGGAAAUAGUUGAAGAAAAUGACACCACUCAAACAACAAUGACAUCAUCUUCAAAGGAAGUAGUAAAUUCUAGUUUUGAUAAGAUGGAUUGUGAAAAGAACAUAGAGACCAUCAGGGAUUCAUCUGAAAUCAAAGAAGUUAGCUCUGUCACAAUAAUGUCUAGCUCGUCAGAUGAAAAAUCAGUCGCAACCCAAAUCACGUCAUCACAUGAAAAGCAAAUUGAAAAAGACAAUGCUGAAAAUACCAGUCGUUUGCGAGAGGAAGAAUCCAGCGAACAGGAAAUCAACUUCCAGAAAGAGCUUCAAGAUGACGAUGAGAAAGAUGUUGACGAGGCAGACGAAGAACUUAUCAUUCCACAUUAUGAAGAAACAACCAAAGAUGAGGAGGUUCAAGAGGAGCACAAAAAUUUUUCACACACCUUCAUUGAUGGCGUGAAAAACGUGGUGGAACGACCUCGAACGCCGGAGCCCGAUACAGAAAAAUUUGUUUCUUUAAAAGAGAAAAGCUUUGAUGCGAAGAAAUCUCUACCAGAAGUUCCACAUUUCCCAUCUCAAGGUAUUUCUUCAACGUGCUUGCCUCCAACAAUUUUGGAAGACGAUGAUGCUGAGAAAAAGAUCGAAGCUAUGAACAAUGUUAAAGAUAUUGAAUGCAUUGAAGUUACUGAUAUUCCAGACAUUCAAAUAACUCAACAUCAAACGCCAGUCGCAAAAAAACACUUUGAAUAUCCAGAUUCCCUUUCAGAUGACUCAGUGCCUACAAGUAGUAACAAAGUUCUCAAAGAAAAUAAAAUCGAGAAAACCAUAACGGAACCUCAAAGCACCACAGAAGCUUCGGAUAUAUCACCAGAUGACGAACUUGUCAUUCUGACGAAAGAUGACAUAUCUGAAGUCAUUAAAGGCAAGAAUGUGGAUGUAGAUAAAUCACCCGAGUCAGAAGGGACAGACUCUUUCGAACUGUUAGAAAAGGCAGAAGGAGAAAAGGAGCCAGAAAAGAAAUCCGACGAUGACGAGUUCCUCAUAAUAGAAGAACUAGCAGACGAAGCAGAUGAAACUGCGUGUAUUGCAUCCGUGCCGCAAGCUAUUCCUAGAGAGUCUAAAAUUCCUAUUCCUCGCCGGAAAUCAGCCAAACAAGAUGAUGAUUUGUUGGUAUCCUCACCACCACCAACUAGUACGAGGCUAACUGAAGUUAAAUACUACCCGGAUGACAAAUCUGAGCUGCCAUUUCAACUAGAAGGAACUAGUUUUCAGCCGCAGAAUGUUGAGGAGUACAAGAAAGAUGUGGAAGAAGGGAAAAAAUGGAUUGAACAGCAAUUCCGAGGCGAGUAUGAUGAGUUUGAACAAAGGGGUCGGCUCGAGGAUAUCGAAGAAAAAGAAGAAACAGAGCAAAGCCACAGUGGCAGCAAAGUUGGGAGUCUUGGUAGCUACAAGGACUCAUUCAGCAGCACGCCAGAAUACGAUGUUCUGGCUGGCAAGAAAUACUUCUCCAAAAGCAGCGAGCAUGACGAUGUGUCGAUGGGAUCACUCCAAGAAUUUGAAAAGCUAGAGCGAGACAUUGCUAUGCGCCAAUCUUCAGGAUCUCAAGACUCGAUCAACGGUGGAAGUUUUCAACGCCGAUACCUGACGAGCCGCACAGGCCAAGGAGAUGAUCUCUCUGUUUCAUCAUUGAAGGAGUUUGAGCGUCUCGAAAUCGCCUGCAUUCAGGCAGAAACAAUCGAGAUCAAAGCCAAGGAAGAAGAAGCAAUGCUCUCAGAAAUUGACGAGGGCCACGAAAGCCAAGUGUCAGAGUCUGAGAGCUGUGAGACAAUAUCUGAGGCAGGGAAAGAGUCUGACUCCGAUGACUACGAUAACAGAAUGUUUGAAAUUGAUGAAAUAAUUCGUCAAGCACAGUUCAACGUUGAGACAUUCGAGGCCAAAAAAGAAGGUGACAAGCUCGUGACUGGAACUCGAAUACCAUCAGCAAAGCAUGCCAAAAUCUGCAAGGAAUACGUUCUUCAGUACGAGUGCGAAAAUCAGGAAACCAAUCCAAUGACAAUGAGUACAGAUAGCAUAGAGUCACUGCAAGCUAAAGUGGAGCAGAAAAAAAUGAUCACGUCGGCUGACUCGCUCGAGCUUGAACAGCCGAAGAUUCCCAAAUCACAAAGUGCAGAUUCGAUUGAGGAGGAGCUUAGGGCUGAGAAAUCUAAGAGCAGUGCGUCCGGACACAGAGAGGACAGCCAAGAAGCAGGCCAGAGUGACGUGAUGCUGUGUAGCACUGAUUCGCUGGAGCCGACCAGUUCUACAGCAACGCACGCGACCUAUCAAUAUGAAACCGACUCGGUCAUGUCUUCGUCGUUUACAAGUGGUGGCUCUGCUACGAUGGUGUCCAGCACAGAGAACGUCGACUUUGGCGUUGCCCAUUUGACCGAGGAGCAACUGGCAGACGCACUCAAGGCCAGAGGGCUCGACAAAGGCGAGAUGUCUGCUCAAUUUCUGCUAAAAAACAAUGAAUCUUGGACCUACGUGACAGAAGUUAUCGAGGGUGAAAGUGCUAAUCGAUCGCAAAUGAUCGAGAGCCUACCUGAAUCGAUGGAUCCAAGGCAGUACUCUGCUGAAGUUUCCCACAUGACUUAUAUCACCAGACAUAUUUCCCAACCCUCAAAUCCCUCGUCCUCUGAAUCCACGACUAUAACAACGGUUAGAACUGGACUAACUUCCGUUUCAGCAGGCGAUAAUCAAACCGAGUCCAGUGGCACAGCCGAAGAUGCGUUCCGUGCUCCGACCACACAAUCAGAGGUCGUAACCAAAGGAUCGCCAAAACCAGAGUAGAUACGAUACCAACACAUCCCGACAGAAUCUAUCUUCCUGACUCUGACCCUGUGACCACCACGAUAGAAAAGCUAUACCGAAAAAAUAAUGGAUAUGUAACACCCGACCAGCUACAACCAAUUUUUGGGAUCAAAUAAUGCAUAAUUAAUUAUGCUGGCGUGCGAGCGAAGAAACAUGCGCGAGUUGCUGGAUACUACAACGUCUCUCUAUAAACGUCUCUGGAUAAUUCUUUGAAUGAACCCGUCUCCCUCACAAUCCCCAAAAAAUUGAAAUAAUGAAGAAAAAAACAGAAACCUGCAUUUUUCACUCUGCUGCUGUAAGCUGGCUAACUUAACCAAUUUGGUUUUCUGUAUUUAUUUAUCCGACAGCCGAUUCCUGAUGUAUGUGAACACUUCAGCAAUGAUUUGAAAGUCGUUUUUCAAAGCCACUACUUUGGAAAAUAGAAACGAAACGUGUCCGUGCGUUUGUAAGUGCGCGUACCGGCGCCAUUGCUCGACGCAAUGGUGUUUUCCCGAGUGACGCGCUCCUUUCAAACCCAAUCUCAGCACCUUGAUUUGCUCCGUUUUUGCGUUUUAUUUUCUGUUAGUAAUGUGCUAAUGUUGACGCACCUCGUCUUUUAAGGUACCGGGCGCGGGCCUCUUCGGGUCCCGGUGGGCCCGUCGUCGGUCGGCCGAGGACCGACGGCCGGCACCACCGAAUCGUGUAAAUUAUUGCUCUAGUGUCUUGCUAUGCUAGCUGUAAGAUUAAGAAAAAUGAACUUGGGGAUGCGACUCAUAUUUUACGAUGGUUAUAAUUACAUGAUUAUCUUUCUUAGAAUUAAUUAAUCUUAAGUUAUUUUUCAAUUUUUCGAAUUUUGUUCUCUUCUUGUAUUCUUUCAAAAAGUAUUAUAACAAGCGAGAUGUUAAACAAAAAUACCUUUUUUGAUUUAUUAUAAUGUGAAAUUAAUUAUAUUCUUAACCUAUGAAUACACACACGAUAUAUAUAUUUUAUUGCUCGUGGUCGGAGAAGCGAUAUCAAAAUGUGAGAUAAAGAUGUAUUUUUAUUGUUGUUCUUAUCUGAUUUUAAUUGUUUGCAUACGGUAAAGGAAGAUCAAUAAAAAAAAUAUAUUUGACAUAAUGCGAGAGCCCCAGUGAAAAGAUGAAAUAGCACUUGGGGACGCACCGAUAUUUUAAUUUUUAACUUUAAGACGUGAAAAAUAUUGCUAUGAUGCUUAGACAGAUAUUUGCGUGUAAAGAUAUUUCACAAAAUAGAGCUGCUUGAAAAGGUCAAAUGUGAACAAAGUUAACGUUGAGAUAUUAAAAAAAUGUGACGAUGACUGGUUUCUCGGACGAACCACACAUCAGGGCCUCGGUUCGGCCGUAGACUCCAGUCGUUGCUUAUUAUAUAUUAUACAUCUUGCGCGCUAUAAUUUUUGACUAUUCACUUAAAUUGAGGUAAAUGAUCGAAUAAAGUAUGGGUUACAACUAAAUCACA